AGUCUCUCAGAGAAUAAAGAGUUCUCUUUAUUAGAUAAUGUCUUAAAAUCCAUAAAUUAUUGAUGACGUUCUUAAGAAAUGAUCCAUGGUUAUGUAAGCCCAAGCAUGGCCAAUAAAACAAACAAGAUGAGAAACCUCUAAUGACUAAAUGGGAUUUGUCUAGAGCGGUUUCAGAGCAGAAGCGAACCUCACUGCUCUAACAUGUCAUAUAAGCUGAUAUUAAGGCCCAGCUGGCCCGAUAUGCAUGGGAAUCUCUCAUUAUGCCAUCUUGAGAGGGGGACUCGGGACCUUCAGAGUGAUUGCGGACAAACUAUACUGGUUUGCUUAUUUUUUGCAACUGUAAUAUUCCAUCUGAAACAUCACACUACAUCGGCUUCUAAAUUGCCUCUGGCCUUGCUCUGCAGUAUUGUGGGAAUUAUUUUGUCACCUAUUGUGCUUUUUAUAUUAUUCUUAUGCGGUAUUUACCGUUUGAUUGCACGGGCUACUCUGUACACCAUGUACUCUAAUUACCAAGGUUUAAUGAACGGUGCUGAUGCAUAUUGGAGCUUAGAGGUGGAUAGCUCCAAGGCUGUGAUUAAUAUAAUUGCUUAUGUUGAGUUAAAGUCUAGUGGUUUCACAGACCUCAGGUGUUCUUUGAAAAAAAUAUUUCAAGACCGCUUAUUAUCAGAAGUGCGGCUUUUCAAGUUGAAAUGUCUUAGGAAGCUUUCAAUGUUUGGGUACUUUUACUGGGAAGAAAUGGAGGAAGUGUGCAUAGAUGACCACAUUCGAUGGAUGGAUUUAGACACAGUAACAGAUAAUUCAAUGACAGAUUAUUUAUCUAAAAAUUGCAACAAUCCUUUGCCUCAGAAUAACUUGUCUCUCUGGGAAGUUGAAGUGGCUAAACAUCCGCUGACGAGAGAUGGUAGACGUUUGUACCCUGUACUGUUUAGAAUCCAUCAUGCUGUGGGCGAUGGGAUGGCUCUGGUUAGUCUAUUCCUCAGUAGUUUCACCGAUAACUGUUUAAGCAACAGGCUAGAAGCUAUUCAGGAAAAACAAAUGAAAACGAUGAAACAGGAUACAGGACCAACAAAAGAUUUAUUACAAGUACCUUAUCAAAGAAGAAGGAGGAAAAGUUCUAUUUUUCAUGGAGAUGAACUAAAUAAACUAAACAAACAUUGCAUUUAUGGAGUUACGACUAUGUUACAGAAGAUUUCAGUAGUUCUCUUAGCUCCAUAUGUUCUACUUUCACAAGCUUGUUAUGGGGUUGACAAAAAUUUACUACAUGGAGCUGAAUUGGUUGGUAAAAAGCAUGUAGGUUGGGCUUAUGGUAAUGGCACUUUGACCAAAGUUAAAUUUAUAAAGAACAGAUUAAACUGUUACUUCACAGAUGUGAUUUUAUUAGCAAUUUCUAAUGUGUUUGAAGAAUACUAUUCCAUGUAUGGAAAACCACCUAGAGACUUGACUGUUGUGAUUCCUGCUAGGAUGCCAUAUGAAGAUGAGUUUAAUACUACAAAUAUACUGACUAACAGAUUCACUGUUGGUAUGAUCAAACUGCCGAUUGCUGAUCCUGAUAAGUUCCAAGCAGUCCGCCGUUCCGCAGACCGACUGAGAACUCAUCCAGAUUACCUUGUCAAUUAUUGGCUUCUGAAGGUCAUCUGCACAUACAUUCCCAUAGUUCUCCUAAAAAGUGCUAUGGAGAGCAGGCAAGCUACUCUCGCAAUGAGUAACAUUCCAGGACCAAACUCUUUGACAAAAAUAGAUGGAAAUCUUAUCCAUGACUUGGUAUUUUUGCUGCCUAACAGAGACACGACAGGUGUUGGGGUUUCAAUGCUAAGCUAUGCUGGAAAGAUGAAUUUUGGAUUAAUAGUGGACAGUGCUCUAAUUCCUUAUAAAGAAGAUGCAACCCAUAUUGCUCAAAGGAUGGUAGCUGAGAUUGAUAAAAUAUAUUUUUGUGUUAAAGACAAAUGUGGCUAAAACUAUAGAAUUGACAAUGAAGCACAUAUUUUUUCUUGUUUUUUUUUUUAAAUAAUAAAACCAACUUAUUGUUUAGGCAACUUUUUACCCAAUCGGUUUAUCCCUGACAGAUUUUUGAAGAAUACGUUACAUGUUUAAUUCUUGAACUUAUUUUUUAAACCCUUAUUUUCUGAUUCAUUCUUAUUAAUUUUUUUUUUACAUAGUUGCAGGCGGAGAUGCCCAUCUCCCUCCCCCAAGGCCAAUGCAAAGCAUAAACCUUUCCCAACCCCUUCCAAGAUAUUUUAUGCCUCUCUUCUUUUUAAAAACAGUGCAAAUGAAAGUAGAAUUUGAAUAUUUGUAGAUUAUAUACCAUUACAAUCAUGUGUUCUGUUCCAUGAUUCCACUGUCUUUUGAUUUGAACUUUUCAUUUAAAAAAUUCACAACCCUGUCGAAAUGUGCCUCCUCACAAUUAGAUAACUCCUUCAAAAAGUGCUCCCUUCAUUAAUUAUGAUGGCAGAACUUGUGCCAUAAAACCCCUUUCUUGGCACUGCUGGUUGCAGGUAAGUUAUGGACAAAAUAUAGUUCAAAAAUCUAUUGUAUGAAAUAGAUUUUGAAUUAAAUUUUGUAUAAGAUACUGGAAAAAAUUAUAAGGGAUGAUGCAAGAACAUGAAAUAUUAUCCAGGUGACGGUUCAGGAGUUGGAUGAAAAAAACAUCAAAUAACAGAUAUUUUUUUAGGAGCAGGAUGAUCAAGCAGGUGUUCAAAGUAUGCAUUGCUCGGUGAUCUGGUAAAUAAAAAAUAACAUGAUAAAAUAAUUACGAGUUCACUUCCGGCACCGUAGGGAAGGGAAGGCUUUUAGCUCUGGGAUUAAUUCCUUUCCCUCUCCACGGGCAAAAGAAAAAUACCCUAUGGGAAUGAAAAGAGGAAGAAGUUAAGAAAAAAAAUAAAAAUGGUAUUUGUUUAAUGAUAUUGAAUAAAUAUCAGAUAUUUGAUGUUUUUUCUGAUUCGCUCUUGGACUAUCUCCAUCUUGAUUUAUUAUAUAGUCGACCAUCGAUUCUGAUUAUGUUGUUUUUUACCAGUUUAUGCAAUCAAAAAUUCAAAAUAAAAAAAUGUAAGCCAUUAUUCUACUUAAAUUAAAAUAAUGCAUCAUAAAAUAAUGUGGCAAAAAAGUGUGUUUCAAAACAAAUGGGACUUGUUUAUAAAAUUUCAUGGUACAAUCAUUUAGAUAUAUUAAAUUGUAAAUAUUCAUGAGAUAAAAAUAACAGAGAUCCUGCAAAAAGGAAAAAAAAAUUGAGGUUUUAUACCCUGGCACUAAACUUAUGGCUCAAUUAAAUUUAUAAACGGCACUAAAAACAUAACACUGACACAGGGAAGUAAAGAAUAUGCUUUUAUUUGUUUGUUAUUAUUUUGGUUAGACAAUUAUUUUCUCAUAACUAAAACUUAGAGGUACUUUAGAACAUUUUAAAAAUAUUUGAUUUUCUAAACUAGUCAAACAGAGAUAUUUUAUUUUCAAUAAGAGUGUUGCAUUCAACUUUAUUCAACUUAGGAUUUUAUUUGAUGCGGAUUUCAAAAUUUGCCAUGAAGUGAAAUAAUUCUUGUAAUAUACCUACAUUUUUAUUUUCUCUCUUAAUAAUUUUAUUAUUGAAUUACUUUUGAAGUAAGAGUGUGCUCUAAUUACUUGCGCUCAAAUUGUAAUUUAUAUAGUAAAGCAUAUUCAUGUUGCUGCUAUCGUAAUUUUCAACAGGCCCAGCAAUAAUAUAUAACAUUCACAGGCAGGCACAUCAUAAGGUUCUGGAAAUGUUUCAAUUUGCUUAAAAAGUUCGGUCAAUAGGUUAUAGAAUUUCUCUCAACUUUAAAAUCUAACAGAAAGAAAAAAAUAAACCAGGUUGAAGUAGUGAUGAGGGUCCAUGUUGUGGUAACUACUUUGUGGUCUUAGAUUGGCAUUAUUAAACCCUGUGUGUUAAAAUAUUAAAUUAAAAAAAAAUCUUCAAUGACAAUAAUUGUGGCUAGGAUACAUUAUAAAAUAAUGUAAUUGUUAUGUUACUCAACUAUAACUAGUUGAACUUCAAUCAGUUAUGCUUCAGUUGAUUUCGCCCCCCUCACCUCCCUGACUCAGGUUCCAUUUCAAGUUAAUUAUGAAGAAGGCCUUGUGUGUCAUGACACUCCUAUUUACAGAUUCAACCUUCUGCCAUUUAAAAUUACAAUUCCAAAAAUGGCAGGAAAUCAAAAUGAAGUAAUAUUUUUUCUUUUGCUACAACUAAUCUGUACAUAAGCCAAACCUUCAAAGAAAUAAGAUAAUGAAAUUCAAUAUUCUUCCAGACCUUUUAUAUUAACCACAAUGUAUGUGAACAUUAAUCAGUUCUCUCUCUUGGUAACUAGAAAUAAAUAAUUCAUUAUCCCUAAUCUAAUGGUUCCUAAUCUUUUACUUAUUUUUUAUCAAUAUGUUUAAUAUUUACAGAUAAUACUGAGAUUAAAUAAGACCAGCCCAUUAAAUGUGUGUCGUUUACAAGAGUUGUAAAUGAAGCUCUAAUAUUUUUCAGCUGUAGAUUUCCACUACAGAUUCUUUAUGGGACUCUAGUCAGACCCAGAGAAAAACAAUAGUGUAAUCGGGGGAUUACAAGAAAACACUAGCAAAAUAAGGAAUAAGGAAUUAAAUCUACAUUGUUGGUGUUUUGGGGUAAAUGUAAUGAUCGUUUCCUCUCUGUCUUCCUUGAACGUGAAAUAAAGCAGCUUACACUAUGAAACAACCAAAAAUAUACGAAUUGUCUCUAAUGCAUGCAAAGCAUUUUUGUUUCAUUGAUUCCAUGUGAUUGUCUUCCUCUUCUUCAUUCUUUAGUUCUUUCAAUAAUGCAGUUCAGCGGUUCUCGAAUUGUGCCCAAUGAUACUUAAUGUUUAAAGUAAAAAUCGUCAAUUUAGUGAAUAGAUGUUCUAAAAAAAAUUACAAAAUUAAAAUUAUAUCAAUCCAAUUUAAGAUUAUAUCUAGGCAUAACAUAGUUUGGUUUAUACAUAUUUCACGAAAUAUACACAAAAUUGUUAAAUAUCUUAUUAUAUUACUGCAUAGCUCUGCUCAGAAUUUAGUUUUGUUAAGCAAUGGAUGCUUGCUAGUCGGAAUGUUCGAGCUUCGAAUAUAGAAGAUCAAAUGUUUCAUGAUAAGUUCAAGGUCUUACUGUCAAGUAAAUCCAUGGAUUUUUAAAAUCGAUGCGGGGAUCCAAUAUCCCGUCUUUUGGUUUAUAAUACAUAAUAUUGUUCAUCAAAUUCAAAACCGGAGGGGAGGGGAGAGGGGUGGCUUCUAGUCCGAAUUUUCAUUAUUUUUUAAUGAAAUUAUGUUGGAAUGUAAAGUGAAACUCAGAAAUUCAGAAGAAUCGAGAGAAGCUAAGAGUCUAAGUGCAACCCACAAUGAUUUGUGAGAUAAAAAAUUAAAUAUAUAUAUAUUUGUAUCGUUU